UUUUGUUUUGACAAAUUCCAAAAAAAAAUUCUUUAAAACUGAUUAAAAUCUUGGACUAGAGAGUUAAUUCCCGGCUAGUUACACAACCGACGAGAUGAGAUGGAAUUUCAGACGACUGAUGCACGGAUGCAUUAUACGAAGCGUAACAUAGAUAUUGGUAACAAAAAAAAAUCGAUACAGCAAUGAUAUGGGCGGCGUAUACGACGUAAAGUGGGCCGUAGUGGAUAUGCAUGUCUGGCAAGGCAAUGCGAGCAGGCGAGCGGUGGUCGCUAAGGCAGCGUAUCGAAUGCGCCCGCGCCGGCCGCGGACCUCGUCGAAAAGAAAGGACCGUAUAGUUGUUAAAUAAUGACGAUAGUUGCAUGUUACCGAGUGAAAUGCUCGUAGGGAUGGAGUGUUCUGACGAGAUGAGCACCUUGCUAUUUAAGAGCGGGUCGGCAUGGCGAAUGUCAUCAGUUAACACAAGCUCACAGCCACAGGAACAUCUCCAAAAAGUGGAUUUGUUGUAAUUGCUUGCACCACUCGUCUACCGACUUAAGGUCUUCAACAGAGAAGCCGGCUCAACCAAGCACAAUAUGCGCGCAUUCAUGGUACUCGCCUGCGUGGCGCUGGCGUACGGCCGCCCCGAGCCCCCAGUAGGCUACAGCUACUCGGCCCCGAGCACGAGAUACUCGUCAGCCUCCAGUGGUGGCCAUAGAACCGUGUCGGUCGGUGGACACUCUGGCGGCAUCUCCCUCGGCGGAGGACACUCAAGCGGUGGACACUCCUUCGGCGGCGGUCACUCCGGUGGCGGCCUCUCCUUCGGCGGUGGACACUCCUCUGGCGGACUCUCUUUCGGUGGCGGACACUCAUCUGGCGGAAUCUCCCUCGGAGGCGGCAGCAUCGGCGGCGGUAGCAUUGGUGGAGGAUUCGGAGGCGAUGACAGCGGAUACGCUGGUGGAUACUCUGGCGCUCCUCUUGUGCAGAAACACAUCUACGUCCACGUGCCCCCUCCAGAACCCGUUGAGCAGAGACUGCCCCGCAUCUCUGAAGUCGCUCCUCCCCAGAAGCACUACAAGAUCAUCUUCAUCAAGGCCCCGACUCCUCCCACCCCCACCGCCCCCAUCAUCCCCGUCCAGCCUCAGAACGAAGAGAAGACCCUCGUCUACGUUUUGGUUAAGAAGCCCGAAGAGCAGCCCGACAUUGUCAUCCCCACCCCAGCGCCUACUCAGCCCUCAAAGCCCGAAGUUUACUUCAUCAAGUACCAGACCCAGAAGGAGGGUGGUAUCGGCGGUGGUUCUCUCGGCGGUGGUGCCAUCGGUGGCGGGGCCGGCAUUGGCGGCGGUGCUAUCGGCGGUGGUAUCAGCGGUGGUGACUUGGGUGGCCUCUCUCUCGGCGGCGGAUCUAGCAUCGGUGGUGGUAUCAGCGGCGGUGACGGCGGUCACGGUGGAGCCGAAAUCAGCGCUGACUUUGGUGCCAGCGGUGGUGACGAUAGCGGAGCUGAGGCCCACAGUGGCGCUACCAGCAGCCAGUACGGACCCCCCGGACAUGUUGCGGGACCUCUCCACUAAACGAAGAAACGCAUGGGUGGUAGGAUAAAAAGUGGAUUUAUUUAUUGCUAAGCGAAAAUUAUGCCAGUCUUCAAUGAUACGAGAUACUAGCGGGAGCUAUGUGGAGUGUCGGAACAUCCUGCCCCCGCGUCCGCAGCCCGCGGCCGAACGCCCUGUACAUAGUCACCUGCACCGCGUUCGCCUGCGAGCUACCUACGACAUUAGACUCAUCGAUUUAUUUCAUCAUCGCCACUCAUCUAUACUUGUUAUUAGUGCACAGUGUUAAUGUUGUUCGAAAAGAGGCAUUUUACUGCGACUGUUAUGUUAUGUAUUAUAAUAUAGCUUUUUUAUUUUUAUAAUAAAACCAAAUGUGAUGCUUAA